CUCCAAACUUAUGAAGAAAAUUAUCAGAAAAACAGCUUAAAAAUUUGCAAAAAACCUACCAGAAAACAACUUCUUACAAAGAAAAUUACCAUUGAAUCUCCAAAUCUAGUGAAAAAACUAGAAGUUGAUGCUGAAUUAGAUUAG